UAAAUAAUUUUUCAUUCAACAUUUCCCGUUCCAAAAUCGGUUUGACAGUUCAUUGUCCCAAUAGCUUUGUCGAUGCGACUACCUGUAUUCUUCUACCAUGCAUUGUGCCAUUGUUGUAUGUUUUGACAAAUACAAAGUCAUGGCAACCCCAUUUAGCUGUUUGUUUUUCUCUCCCCAUUCGUAAACUCGGUUAAUUUGUUUUCUAUUUAUCUUUUAUCGGCCAUUCUCUUCACCUUUAUUUACUCCUAUCAGCAACGGAAAGCAACAAUUCCGUUUGUUUAGUUUAGUUAGCUUUGACUUGGAUUCUUCUGUACACUUAUCUUUUCCUCGCUAACCACAAUGGAUACCAAUAUCGACAAUGCUCUGAUAGAGAAGAAAACCCUUUCUCCAGGCCGACAAUAUAUUCCACUAAAACCAGGAACGAGGGUGAAGUUCCAUUUCCAAACAAAGAAACCUGAUGGAACUAUACUGGAUGAUAGUCGAAAAAUGGCAAAUCCAAUGGAACUGGUAUUGGGUAAAAAAUUCAAAUUGGAAGUUUGGGAGGUGAUAGUGCAGAAAAUGGCAUUACAUGAAGUGGCCCAAUUUACGGUGAACAAAAAGUUGGUAGCUCAGUAUCCAUUCAUAUCGAAGACUUUACGUGAUGUUGGCAAAAAAGUGGAAGAACGUCGUCAUUGCUGUGGAAUGACUCUACAAAAUGAUGGACUAGGCUAUAAAGACUUGGAUGAUUUGCUGUCAAAUCCUACCAAUUUAAUUUUCACCAUUGAACUGUUGUCCAUUGAAAUGCCUGAGGAUUAUAAAAAAGAUACAUGGCAAUUGUCAGACGACGAAAGAUUAACUACCUCGGAGAAAUUACGUGACGAAGGAAAUGAGCUAUACAAACAAAAAGAAUAUGCCAAAGCUGAAGAAUGUUAUCGUCAAGCUGUGGGACUCAUAGAACAGCUAAUGAUAAAAGAAAAACCCCACGAUGUAGAAUGGCUGGAAUUGGCGAAACAUAAAGUUCCUCUUCUGCUCAAUUAUGCUCAGUGUAAGCUAUUAGCCAAAGAUUAUUAUGCCGUUAUAGAACAUUGUACGGAAGUUCUUCAAUUGGAUCCAGAUAAUAUUAAGGCUUUGUUUCGUCGAGCUAAAGCACAUUUUGGUGCAUGGAAUCCUGCAGAGGCUCGUGAAGAUUUUCAACGUGCAGCUGAAUUAGAUCCAUCUUUGCAUGCUGCUGUAACGAAGGAGUUGAAGGCAAUCGAUAAGACACAACAUGAGCGUGAUCUAGAAGAUAAGAAACGUUUGCAAGCAUUAUUUUAGUUAGCGGGCAACAUAUUACAAAAUGUAAUAUAAAUUAAAUUAUAUUAGUAAAAUCUAUAUUAUUGAAUUGUAUAUAAUAAUAAAUGUUUAUAUGUGAUAAAAA